AAACCGGCCGUCCUAACUAAGACCGGUGGCCACUUUUACAGCAAGACAACAUGGGAAAACCCAUAUCCAUGUACUAUGCCAUGAAUAUGGGGAAAAACCCAUGAAUUUACGUUAAGACGCAUAAAUGACAGUGAAACUUACCGGUAAAUUGAUGUUUGUGAAAGGAGGGAAGGAGGAAGUUUGUGAAUGGGGAGUCGCUUAAACUACUUUUUGAAGAGAAGCCCAUUGGAGUGAAAGCAGGCCAUGGCGUCGGAGGUGGAGGAGACUUUGAAGCGGAUCCAGUCACACAAGGGAGUCAUCGGGACCAUUAUUGUCAACUCCGAAGGCAUCCCGAUCCGGAGCACACUAGAGAACUCGCUUACCGUCCAGUACUCGGGCCUCAUCAGUCAGCUGAACGACAAGGCGAGGUCGACGGUGCGCGACCUGGACCCCACCAACGACCUCACCUUUCUGAGGAUCCGCUCCAAGAAGCACGAGAUUAUGGUGGCACCAGAUAAGGAGUACCUGCUGAUAGUUAUUCAAAAUCCAAACGAGUGACAUCACUAGGCAAGCUCACGUGAAUCUGAACACUAAAACAAGAUUUACCACACACUCGAGCUAUUGAUGAGGCUCGCUAACAUUAUAUAGAUGUGUGGCUAUUUAUUUGUGUUUUAAUUGAUGCUCGGUUGCACAUUCCAUUGUUGCAGCCCCAAGUUUGUAUCGCGGGCACAACUGGUGAAAAUUGCUGUCUAACACGCUGUUUUCCUAGCAUUAUCGGCGGUGUGGCUUUAUCCGCCAGUCUUUGGGCGUCCAUGAGUCAUUGCGUCGGUGAAAUUCGUUCGGAUGCCACGUUUUGUUUUAUUAAUUGAAUAAAUGCGAAGCUGUUUCCUA